GGUCACGUGGCUCGCGGGCCUGCGCGUCCAACGACGGAGGUCUGGGAACUUGAUGCUAAGUGGAACUACACGAUGAUGCUGAUGGUUGCCCCUUCCUUCUGAAGACAAAUGUGAGAGCUGUCGCAGGGAAAGCUGCGUGUUAUGCAGGAAGCUGCCAAGAUAAGCCUGCUCAUGUGAUGUAAGGAAGGAGCUCCUGGAGCCAGGAACCUGCUCCCGGUGUGAGAGACCCAGCCACGGCCUCCUGGCGGAGCUCCGGGACAAAAGCAGAAGAGACUUGGGGUGGAGCAGAGCUCAGAGGUGCUACUCAUCUUGCAACAGAAAAUGACCAUGUUACAGGACACAUUCUCGUUUGAAGAUUUAUCUGUGGACUUCACCCAAAAGGAAUGGCAGCUCCUGGACCCCAGUCAGAAGGACUUGUACAAGGAUGUCAUGUUGGAGAACUAUAGCAGCCUCGUGUCACUGGGGUACGAAGUUAUGAAACCUGAUGUCAUCUUCAAGUUGGAGCAAGGAGAAGAGCCGUGGAUCGGAGAUGGAGAAGUUCCAAGUUCAGAUCGUCCAGAACAAGUCUUGCAAGUAGAUGGUCACAUGACAUGGCACCAGGAUAACCAAGAGAAGCUUAGAAAUAUGAAACAAGAUCAUGAAUGUGAUACAUUUGGAAAAAAAUUCAAUCUGAGCAUAAACUUUGUUCCUUUAAGGAAAUCAAACAGUGAAGAUGACGUAGAUGGAUUACUUUUAAAACAUCACUUAGAUUUACUCAUUCCAAAAGCAGAUUACGGAAAAGUGGAACCACACGGCUUAAGUGUAUUUGAUAAAUUGUUUCUCCAUACCAAGCCUGAGGAAACUAAUACUUGGUUAAAAUACUAUGACUAUGAUAAAUAUGAUAAAAUUAGCUCUAAGAAGUCACAGAUUAUCAUAUAUCAUAGAACUCGUUUAGGGGAGAAACUCUAUGAAUGUAGUGAAUGUAGGAAACGCUUCAGUAAGAAAUCAAGUCUCAUUAAGCAUCAGAGCAGACAUAUAAGAGAGAUCGCCUAUGGCUGUGGUAAGUGUGGCAAAACCUUUCCCCAGAAGUCACAGUUUAUUACUCAUCACAGAACUCAUACAGGAGAGAAGCCUUAUAAUUGUGGCCAGUGCGGGAAAGCCUUCUCCCAAAAAUCGCAGCUCACAUCCCAUCAGAGAACACACACAGGAGAGAAACCGUAUGAAUGUGGUGAAUGUGGGAAAGCCUUCUCCCGGAAGUCACAUCUCAUCUCACAUUGGAGGACACACACAGGUGAAAAACCCUACGGGUGCAAUGAAUGUGGGAGGGCCUUUAGUGAGAAGUCAAAUCUUAUUAAUCAUCAGAGAAUUCAUACAGGAGAGAAACCUUUUGAAUGCAGAGAAUGUGGGAAAGCUUUCAGUAGGAAGUCACAACUUGUUACACAUCACAGGACUCACACAGGAACAAAACCCUAUGGAUGUAGUGAUUGUAGAAAAGCCUUCUUUGAGAAAUCAGAGCUCAUUAGACAUCAGACAAUUCAUACAGGAGAGAAGCCCUAUGAAUGCAGUGAAUGUCGGAAAGCCUUCAGAGAGCGCUCGAGUCUCAUUAACCACCAGAGAACUCACACAGGAGAGAAGCCUCAUGUGUGCAUUCAGUGCGGGAAAGCCUUCUCCCAGAAGUCACAUCUCAUAUCCCAUCAGAUGACACACACAGGAGAGAAACCCUUCGUAUGCAGUAAAUGUGGGAAAGCCUUCAGCAGGAAAUCUCAGCUUGUUAGACAUCAGAGAACUCACACAGGAGAAAAGCCCUAUGAAUGCAGUGAGUGUGGGAAGGCUUUCAGUGAAAAAUUGAGCCUUACUAAUCAUCAGAGAAUUCAUACAGGAGAAAAACCCUACGUGUGCAGCGAGUGUGGGAAGGCCUUUUGUCAGAAGUCACAUCUCAUAUCCCAUCAGAGGACUCACACGGGAGAGAAACCCUAUGAAUGCACUGAAUGUGGGAAAGCCUUUGGUGAGAAGUCAAGUCUUGCAACUCACCAGAGAACUCAUACAGGAGAAAAACCAUACGGUUGUAGGGAUUGUGAAAAAGCCUUUUCUCAGAAGUCACAGCUGAAUACUCACCAGAGAAUCCACACAGGAGAGAAACCUUACGAAUGCAGUCUUUGUAGGAAAGCUUUCUUUGAGAAAUCGGAGCUAAUUAGACAUCAAAGAACUCACACAGGAGAAAAACCAUACGAAUGCAGCGAGUGUGGGAAAGCCUUCAGGGAGAAGUCAAGCCUCAUCAAUCAUCAGAGAACACACACAGGCGAGAAACCCUUUGAGUGCAGUGUGUGUGGUAAAGCCUUUUCUCGGAAAUCACACCUCAUACCACAUCAGAGGACACACACUGGGGAGAAGCCCUACGGCUGCAGCGAAUGUAGGAAGGCCUUUUCUCAGAAGUCACAGCUUGUUAAUCACCAGAGAAUUCACACGGGAGAGAAGCCCUACCAGUGCCACGAAUGUGGGAAAGCCUUCUCCCAAAAGUCACAGCUCAUUAAUCACCAGAGAACUCAUACAGUGAAGAAGUCCUAGGAAUGGAGUCAAUACUGGUCUUUGAGAUCUCACUGUUUGUACUUCAGAAAACACGGUUAGGGUAAACCUUUCCGAUAAAUAGUUGCAUCACACUGUGUGUCCGUUUGGGUAAUCUUUUAGGGUAUGAACUCUGAGGUUAUGUAGGGAGAGCUUUCAGCAGGUUAACCUGUUCAUGGAAGACCCCUGAGAGUAGAAUGAGCCUGUGGGAUGCAAUGGAUUUCAGAACCUGUCAGACAUAAAGUGGGAAAUGAACAGCAACGAGGAGUACAGUAAACAUCAGAAAGCCUUGCAGAGGUCACACCUCAUUUGCUGGUGGAAAUAUCCCCACUGGGGUAAACCCUAGUCCAGUAAAUGAGGAAAAACCCCAUGAACGCAGCAAGUGAUGUCAUAUUUUCGUCAAGAAGUCACAGCUCGUUGUGCAUUAAGAAAAUACUCUCAGGAAUGAAGUUCAGUGAAAAUGCUAAAUAUGGGACAAUCUUCAGCAGGUAAUCCAACCGUAUUGUAUUUUGGGGGAAUUCAUAUUGUGGGUAAAACUAACAAUUUAAAGACCUUGGAAACGUGCCCCUAGAAAUAAGGCUAUAAAGGGAAGCCAUACAUUUUUUUAUAGACGGGGUUAUCAAAAAUGCCCAGUGCUAAUGGUUGAUAUGUUCACUCUGAAGAAUGAAGUUUUAAAAAUAUGUGAAUAAAUUGAGUCAUUGAAACAUCAAAAUAAGACAUUUCUCAGUGGUAUUUAUGGCUUAUUUUCCUGUGUCACACAGUGUGUCUCAUAUUUUGGAAUCACAUAUGCUAAUGUAAUUGCAAGCCUGAAAUGCACAUACCAUACCUGGUGGUGCCUCUGAUGUCAGGACACACCAUGUGCUGCUGGUUUUUCUGUUUCAAUGAUACAGUAAAAAUGGCAACUAAAACAGCACAUCUUACUGCGAAAUACGCAGCUUAAGUGAUAGCAUCACAUCCUUUUUCCUUACGGCUUGUUGGCAUAUAAAAGGGGUUUGUUGUUCCUGACCUUUCUCUUCAGUUACAAAAGCCAACAUUCUGCAACCUGAGAGAAACAAUUUAAAUAGAACCUGGUUAAUAAGUAUUCAAAGGCAGGAACCACAACCCAGCAAUAGUGACUCGAGUGAACGAAAGAAAGCAGGUAUGUGAACUCGUCACUCAGCACUCAGGCUAAACGGCAGUUGUGCUGUGCAAAGUCUUGUUCCCAUUCGGCUUGGUGCCUUUGUGCUUCAAGUAGGGCAUGUAUGUUACUUCACUCUGAUGAAAUACCACGAUGCUAUGUGCUAUUACAUUUUUGGCAUUUCUUAAGAUAUCUUGUAAAAAAAAAAAACUAGAUGGAGAAGCCAAUUUAAGAGUCACUGUUCAGAAAAUGUAAAAUACAGAUUUUUGUGGUGAGAAAUAUAUUUUUGGUGUAUUCAGGGAAGCCUGUUUUGCCUUCCUGCGAAUUUCUGUGACUACUGGAUAGGUGUUAGGAUUUAGGAUUUUCGUUGUUGCAUCAUUUGAAAUAUUAUAUGUUUCACCUUUUGUCCCCAGUUGCAUCCUCGACGUAGAGACUCCCGCUGUGAACUCUUCAUGAUGAGUAGGGUUUGCUCUGGCAGUGCAUGAACCACCCUUUAGCGUAGGUAGAACUUUGCAGUGAUCUUUACAGUGUUGCUUGACAAAGUCAACAGUAUUCUGUGUAUGAUGGUGAAAUUGAGAAAAGUCCAACCCUGACCUUGUUACCAGACUCGGAAAGAUCAUGACUUCUCUCAUACACAAGUCGCUUUUAUCAGUACGGUGUAUUUCACCUUUGAUUUUAGCAGUAUUUUUUUCCCUUUAGUUACCAAUUUUAACAUUGUUGAAAAAUUGGGACUUAAAGAGUAAUUUUCUAAACCACUGCACCAGGUUAAAAGUAUCUGAGUUCCCAAAUUUGUAUUCAUAUUCAAAUGUAUGGACUUCCUACUCUUCUCCCUAAUACCUGAACUUGAUUUUUAUCAACUUCAUUUCUAAGAGAAUAGUGACGGGGUGAUUCUUUGUAGAUUUUCCCAUUUUUAAAUUUUCAUCUAUCAUGAUUCUCUUCCCUAGUCCCAGAGAUUGAUUCAUUAGUUCUUGGAUUGAGUUUGGAGUCUGUUGUAUAAAAGUGACCUAAGUUUGCUCACUUCAAUUCUAGAUUAUCCCAUUUACUAUUAAGUAGUUAAACCCAGUGCUUUCCUCACUAAAUAAUAGAACUUUGGCACUAGCCCAUUGGUGUAAUACUCAAGAGCAGGUUUUUUCCCUGAGUGCCAGGUAGCAGUCCUCGGGAGGGCUAAAUGCUUGCAGCAGAGGUCUCAUUUAUCAGAAUACCUUAUGUGGAGGCCCAGCUAUGUUGUGUAGAACUCACUAGGGACUCUUUCUGAAGUCACAAGAGGGCUUUGAUUCUGAAAUUAGAUAUUUCUAGUGUUUGUCUUUUAAAUUACCUUGGUGAACCACAAAACACAUGUAACCCCACGUUUCCUCUCACAAAUCCCACAUCAGGAAGAAAACAGGUUUUAAAGUUAAGAGGGAUUUACGUGCAGCUCCCUGGAGCACAAUAGGUUAUGUUGGUUGAAUGUGUAAGGAACCCGGGUGGAAGGAGCAACCUCUCUCCUCUCUCCACCGAGCUUACCCCACUGGCCUGGAGACAGUCCUGCAGAGGAUAAUUCCUAUUGUAUUCCUUCUACUAAGUGUGAAUUUUGGGACCUGUCCCAGGAGUGCCUUCUGUUCAGCCUUUAUUUGUGGGCUUUGGUAAUGAGACAAAGUUAUCUCUGUGUGGAUCCAUGUGUUCUGGAUAUUUUAAUUUCAAGACCGGCCCUUGUAGAGCCUGGGUGAAGGAAACCCAAAGAAUAUCUGAUUUAUUCAGCAAUACCUGUAUCAAAUAGCAGAAUAUGGAUCAGCAGGCAUUUGGAAUCUACACGUGAGGCCUCCCUCAUUGGUUGCUUAUUCCAGCAGAAUAUGCUCAGGUUGUUGAUUUCACCGAACUCCUGAGUCUGCAAAUACUGUACCAACAAGCUGGCCUGGCCCAAGUGUGGAUGAGCUCUCCCCACCAUGACCCUCAUCCAUAUUCCACAGUUAGUAGUUAUUUUAAGAUGCAAUUCUGAUUAUGCACUUCUCUGUUGAAAAACCACGUGGCUAAUUGUGGACUUAAAGUGUACUGUCCUCACCGUAGAUGAGGACUUCUAUACGAAUCCAGCCUAUCCGUCAUUUCUGAAUAUCUUUCUUCCUACACAAUACUUUUUUGGCCUCCUUGAACUACUUGCAGUUCCUUGAGGUUGCUACAGUUUAAUGCUUUUCCCAACUUUCUGUCCCUGAAAUGCGUGCUCCUUGUUAAUGCCUGUCCACACUUUAUGGACAUGCACACGUGUUUGUCACUGAUAAUAUAACCUGUAACAUGUCUUCCAUUAGAAAGCUUUUGGAAAGCUGGGACUACCUUCUUUGUAUAGUUUUAGAACUGAAGCUGUAACAUCGAAGCGUGGGUGCUCUCGGUGGCCCCCCCACCACGUGGGGAAGCAUCGUCUACGGAAAGAACAAGAAUGAAGCCAUGGACAAUCACGCUCCAGGAUCUGGAUCUGCUGCUUCUGGUCUCGAUGUCCUGGUUCACCGCUGCCCUCUGCCCUUUUCAUGCCUGAUUGUCGCAUCUUCUGUGAGAUAUCCCAAACAUCCUUGUAAUAAAUUCUCAUGUUUGCUUUGGCUCAUU